ACUGUACUUUUCAACAUGGAUAGGAGAUUGGGUACCGUGUUGAAUGUUUUGAUCUUCUGCAGCGCCACCCUGGCAGUCUGUCCUGACGAUGCCACAGAUUUGGUGUCCUGGAAAUCUACAAUUGGAACGACUCCAAACUCCAACAUAACUCUAACACAACCAAUACUUCUGGAUACCUCUGUUGAACUCUUCGGACUUACCAUUGCGUCUGGUGGUCGUCUGGUAUGGAGCAGAAAUGGGAAUUACGGAAUGCGAGCGCAUUACAUCAGAAUUCAAAAUGGCGGCGAACUUCACAUUGGAAGUCUGACGUGUAAAUUCAACAAAAAAGCACGCAUCACCCUUUUAGGUGAACCGGAAGAAAAACUAAAUAUUCCUGGCUUUGGUGAAAAGUUUCUGGGCGUAGAGGCCGGUGGCGUUUUGAAUCUUUAUGGAGAAUAUAAAUUGUCCUGGACCAAGCUGACCCAGCAUGCCCUGAAAUUCGAUAAAUCAGUAGCAGAGAUUUAUAACCACAGGGAGACGGCUGAUAUCAUCAAAUCCCACGGUAUCUACAUCUAUCACUUUAAAGAGAACUUUCCGGCUGAUUUUGACAUUAAAAGAGACCCUGGAAUUGUGCAGGUGAACAGCAUUUACCGCAGAAUUGCUUACAAUAGCCAAGCCAAGAUUGACACAGCCAUAACAGACCUUACAAACUUUCUUAACGGCAUUCCCGUCGGCGAUAUCUAUGCCAUAGCAACACAGAAGGAUUUCAAGCGCGAAGACAGAGACUACAGCGCCCUCUAUGACGCAUUUGACGUCCUCGCUCCUUCCAAUUCUUUUAGAACAGCCACGAGAGAUGACGCGUAUGUUGCCAUCGGCUACAAAGGUGACCAGUCUUCUUUCGAGGAGGAUUUGGAUUCAACCGUUGGUACAAGUGACAGUACAGAAGCCAUCGUUGUUUACAACAUUGAGAACCGUGAACGGGAGCUGAUUGUGACCUCAGAGAAUCGAUUUAAUUCAAAUUUCGGCAUUAUACAGUUCCUUGUUGUCAACACCUUAUACACCCGUCCCAUAAUAUCAGUCGUAGACAAUGCUGGCAGCUGGAAAGCAGGUGAUCGCAUCUUCAUCACUUCCACUGACUAUGACUGGAAACAGGUGGAGGACUUCACCGUGGUUCCCUGUGACAGUUCCCUGUGUUCCGCCACCACUGUCAGACUGGACCAUCCUCUUGAAUUUGACCACUAUGGAGAAAUUUACAAACGAGUGGACAUGAGAGCGGAGGUGGGACUGAUGACACGGCACAUUGUCAUUGACGCUGAAGUGUCCGAAGGAAACAGCAACGGAGGUCAUGUCAAGUUUUUGUACGGAUUCAAGGAUGUUCAGGUGGAGGGAACCGAACUUACCAAUCUGGGACAACCUCUCAUCUUGGGUAGAUACCCUCUGCAUUAUCACAUGUGUGAUGACCUUGCCAACAGGACUGUGUACACUAAACAAUCCUUCUUCCGCGGGAAUUCGAUCCAUCACACGCAAUUCCGCUGUAUGACGAUACACGGGACACACAACGCCAAGAUUAUUGACUGCGUUUGCUACGAUUGUGUGGGCCAUGGAUUCUUCUUAGAGGAUGGAGGUGAAAAGAACACGUACAUGCGUGGUAAUUUGGGACUUGGACAGCGUAAAUUUGUGGGCACGACUAUACUAGACGUCACUGGGGCCAUUCCCACUGAUCAGACAAAAGGACCAGUGACGUUUUGGAUAACCAAUCCAAAGACAACUGUGUUAAACAAUGUGGCUGCGGGUGGUGACGGUAUCGGUAUGUGGUUUGUGUACCCGGAUCUACCCACAGGACCGUCCAGAACCAAGAAUUUCAUGCAGUUAAAAGAGGCGAGAAACACAAAGAUUACCCUGUACAAAAACAAUGUCCAUCACUCCUACGGAAGUGCCGGGCUGUUCGUUGACAACAUCGAAGCAGACGACUUGACCGUGAGUGGGUACAAUAAGUACAACCCUAAGGAGGACCCGCUAGACACAGAUUCUGCCUCUGUGGCCGCUGUGUUUGAAGGAAUAACUGCCUAUAAAAAUAAAGUACAGAACGCCUGGAUCCGUGGGACACCGAUAAUUGUCAAGGAGUCCUCGUUUGCAGACAGUCGGUUUGGGGCAACUAUGAUCAAAGAAAGAAAUAUAUGGGUGGAGUUUGUUAACAAUGUCGUCGUUGGAUAUUCUGAUAACCUAGGAAAGCCUAAUAAUGGAUUCACACGAUCGUUCCCAACAAAUCCCCCCCCAAAUGCUGUAGGGUACAGAUUUAAUAAAGGACCAGUUUACGUACGAAACACGUGGUUCCAUGGAUUUACAUCUACCUCUCUCUACAACGCCUCAGCUCUUUCAAACAAAAAUUGUUUUACGCACAUGAACCCACAGAAUCAGGUGGAGAACCUCUUAUUCAGCUUCGAUGAUGGACCGGGUAAUCGCUUUCUGUUCCAAAAGUGCAACGAUCUUCGGAAUGAUGAAGACGGAGUGUUUACCUUGAAAGAUAUUGGUAAUGGGUUGACCGGAAGUACAGAGUCUGAAGACGUAACAUUGGUAUAUAACCAUCCUUUCCACGUCACGGAUCAGUGUAAACAUAGAAAUGGUUGGAACGUCGCUUUCUGUCCGUAUAAUUAUGGAGAGAUGGUAGUGUCAUAUCCCACUGAUGAGGAGUUGAGCAUUUACAGAACCGACGGAAACCAUCCAAAACGAAGCAUACUAAAUAAAGCAUUUAUCGCCAUUCUUGGUGAAUCCAACCGAAAUGAGAACAAUUUUCAAUAUUUAAUGGCCUUUGAGGAUGGCAUGCCAGCAAGUGUUUCCAUUUUAGGAGAGUCGGUUACGAAGUCGGAUACCGCUCUGUUGGCGUACUGCGUGCCACGGGAUGCUGUUUUAAAAUUUACCUAUAGAAUCAACAACGUUAAACAGUCCACUCAAUCUGUCAGCUCUCUGACUGAUGUUCAGGGUGAUAAUAUUGGAGGCAAUUACUAUUUCGACUCAAAUGUGGGCGUUGUCUUCUUCAAAAUGGUUAACAACGUAGAAUAUGAAGAAGGAGAGAUGGCACAAUGUCCUUCAAACCGUUGUGUCAAGGUCACAAUCAAUGUUGAAACAGGGACACUCUCGGACAGUGAUUGUUACAACAGAUUCAUACAAGAGUCAUCUUAUCUUCAAGCUGGGGAGGGUAACCCAGCAGCAGAUAACGGUAUCUUGCAAGCAACAUCUGCCGAUCCCCCAGAGAACUGGGGUGCUGGAUCAACUUAUCCACCGCCAGCAUGAUGGAAUUGUACGUACGACACACAGACAACUAGCCAAAUGGACCUACCCAAGAUCAAAUUUACAUAUAUUCUAAUUUGUAUUCCUUUACUAUUGCAAUAGAAUUUUGUAUUUUUUCUGAAGAAAAUCUAAUAUAAAAAACGUUAUGAAAUGUUUCUCUCAAAUUCUUACCUACAUGUAGAUCUUUUCUGUUGCCAAUAAAAUUUGAAGCAUGA